AUGGACGACUUCAUUCACACGCGGCAGGGCAUUGUCAUGUUCUUCGUCAAGCGGUCGCUGAGCCACGUGCGGAAGCUCCACAUUGAUGACUUGUCUGCGAAGAAGAUCACGGCCAGGACGGUGCGCUGCGGCGGCAUUGCAAGAAAGUGCCCGUGCUGGUCUCGCUGGCUCUUCUUCUUCAUGACGGUAGGCGUCGUCUCAGGAUUCAGCAUCGCCGUGGUGCUGUCCACGUGCCCCGAUGCGGGAGAUGCCACGCUGUGGAAAGGGGCAGAUUGUGAGAUGAAGGC